UGUAUAAUGUUUUAAUAAUAAAUGAAAUGAAAAAGUAUAUUAUGCAUGUCAACGUGUGCGAUAGAUAUGUACUCACAGGAGGGUUUGAGUACUCAGUGUAGGCCCUAUCUGUUUUUUUCAACAUACAUAUGCGGAUGUUCAGCCUCGAACUUUAUCUUUGUAUUGUGACCAUUGACACAUACCUAAUUGCCACUUUAAUAUGUUAUUAAGCUACAUGGCAUCGACUAGUCUGAUGAUAUUCUACAUUAUAGAAAGGUCAUUCUAAUUCACGAGAGAGUGAGAGACACUCGUGUUUUAUUGAUACAUUACGUGAAAGCAGACGAUAAAUACAGGAAUGGCUGCUGCAUUAGGCGUAGUUCGAUCAUUGUCGUAUAUCACUCCAGACGAGGGUAAUCAACUAUUAGGGUUCGAUUCUGCCAUCCAUAUCAUACAGUCACGACUGCCAGUUUUAUUAGCCGCUUUAGCUUUAAUGCGUGACACAUUUGCGGACACUGGUAUAAAAUGUAAACCACCCGAAUACGUCACCAACUCUGAGACGGCUAAGUAUUUCAAUUCUUACUGUAAGUACAGAGAAAACGAAAAUUUGAUCGGCUACCAUGAAUUUGUACCUUUCUCAUUCACCCUACAAGCUAUUCUUGUACAAAUCCCUGUAUCCGCUUGGAUAGCCUGUGGUGGCAGGAAGAUAUCGAUGGUAGCGCUGUGGUUUGCUAAGUGUUGCCGGGAAAUGUGUUUGGAAGCGGAAGCGUCGAAACGGACAGACGACAAAGUGAGUACGACUGAAAGCACGGAUUGGCCAAAAGUCCACUCGAUAAUACAGAGCUACGUAAAUGAAUGGAGUGCCUCCCGAUCGUAUUUGUUGACUUAUUUCUUCUUUAAAGUGCUACUCUACUUAUUCAUAUGUGUAUCUUGGGUUUAUCACUUUGUUCAGCUCUCCCAUACCAUAGAACCACAUUUCCUUAACAACGAAUUCCUGUGCGAAAUAGAGCAAACUAACGAGACCAUAAAAUGUGUAAAAACGUAUGAAAUAUUCAAUCAAAUUCUGGUCAUCAUUGAUCUUAUGAUAUGCUUAACAGUUCCACUCCUGUUAAUGUGCAUUCGAGAUACACAUGUGUUUUUAUCAAUGUAUUACGGAUGGCAAGGAAAUAUCACCGAGUUCAUACCCUUCUUGAAAAUUCCAGGAAAAUCCAUCAGGCUGAACAAUACACAGUUACUCAUCUUGUACUACAAGGAAAACAUUGGCCUUGAUGAGAAAUAUGUUCAGAAGAUAUUAAUCCCGUGGAGAUUUUCAAAUGUAAAAUCGGAUGAAUACAGUUCCAGCCGCACACGGUACCUUUGAGAAAACAAUUUUAUGAAGCCAUUUAAAAAAAAUAAUUUUAGACAUACAGUGCCAUAUGGGGUGGGGGAUGGGCCAGGAGAGCUUCUGUCCAUCAAGGAAACGCGUCGGGGAAAGACAAAUGUUCUAGACAGAAUUGCGACAGUAUGUUUGUUUUAUCUUCGACAAUGACAGUCAGCCACGAUAGGCAGUGUCCUCCAUCUAAAAGGCUUACUAUGUACCAUACUCGAAAAUUUAGAAACAAUGCGAAAAUUAUCACUUCUUGAAUAUGGUGCAAAUUUUAAUGGAUGGCUGACUUAUGCUUUUCUUUUGAAGGUAAACUACUGUACUAUAAAUACAGAGAUUUAUAAAUAGUGGACCAUUAUUUUACUUAUGACUGGCGAGCCCGCUGGCAAGCCUUAUAAAUGAAGGUCUUUUCAGGAAUGAAUAAUAUUAUUUACGUACAAUAAAAAGAAAUAUUAAGGGCUCAAUAUUGAACUUUUGGUACGCCUCAUGUUAAUAAUUUUUUCUGAUGCACAAUAGUUAAUAAUUUAAUUAAGUAAAUUAAUAGUCACUUGCAUUUUAAGGCGAAACUAUUCCAAAUCAGUGAUAUCGAUUGAAUGUAAUUUUAUAUUUUUACACUUAUAAGGGAUAUAUUGAUUUUUUAUAUAAAAUAGGCACGCAAUCGAAUAUGAACAAUGUUUUAUAUGAUCUAUUGUUAAUGAUGGUAAGGUUCUACAGCAUAAUACAGUACA